AUGUUGAGUGUGAAUGGGAAGAAGCUCAGGUUUGACAUUAUUAAAGCCAUGAAGUAUCCGGAAGACGAAGACCUAUCUGAUUCCGACAAUGAACCCAGUUAUAAUGAAAAAGAAGAGUCCGAAGAUGAAGAUGAAAGAGAGGUUGCGACCGUAUUCGUAGUAACCUACAAUGUGAUCAUGGAGAAAGCAAACAAAGAAGAAAAAUUGACGUUGAAUGAAAAGAAAAAAGCACAACAACCUUUCUUGGAACAACCACCUACCAUGGAAUUAGAAACCCUGCCAAGCCAUCUGAAGUAUGUUUUCUUAGGGCAAAAUGAAACUUUGCCAGUGAUAUUUUCCUCUAUGCUACAAGAAGAACAAGAGAAUGUGUUGCAUAGCAUCCUAAGGAAGUACAUAAAAGCAAUAGGGUGGACGCUAGCAGACAUAAGAGGAAUCAGCCUCGCAUAUUGCAUGCACAGGAUACAUCUCGAAGAAAACCAAAAAGGGUAUGUCAAACUUCAAUGCAGACUAAACCCUACGAUGAAGAAGGUUGUGAAAAAGAAGAUAAUCAAAUGGUUGGACGCAGGCAUUAUAUAUCCAAUCGCCGAUAGCACAUGGGUCAACCCCAUGCAAUGCUACAACCAAAUAAUGAUUGCUCCCGAAGACCAAGAGAAAACCACAUUCACCUGCCCCUACGGAAUGCUUGCUUUUCACCGCAUGUCGUUCGAAUUAUGCAAUGCGUCGAGCACGUUCCAGAGGUACAUGAUGGACAUCUUCUCUAAGUAUCUUGAAGAUUCAGUGGAAAUUUUUAUGGACGACUUCUCGAUUUAUGGGCAAACAUAUGAAAUCUGUCUGAACAAUUUGGAGAAGAUACUAAGGAGAUGUGAAGAGACAAAUCUUGUGUUGAAUUGGGAGAAGUGCACUUCAUGGUGA